CACUCAGGAAGUGGUAACAUAAAUAAGCUCCAAUUUAUAAAUCCCGCUGCAACUUUUCGGAAUUCUAAACAGACAAAUAAUGAGUACUCUCGUAUGAUGGAUUAAUCCAUGAAACACAUACGUGUCGUUCCCGGGUGUAACGAGAAGUCAGGGCCGCAAACAGCCGUUCAAGUUAGCACAAAGGUGCUAACUCACUUCAGCCACUUCCUGUCCGGUUUUGUAACAGCGUAAUAAUGGACUUAUGCAAGUUAAAGUGCGGAAUCAUUCAGAACAGAGAGCUGCUGCGCACCAAGCGGUUUUAUGACAGCGGGGUUUCACCUGUCCAACUGCUCCUCCUCAGGUGCGAUGGCUCAGGUGCGGCGGUCAGUCGGCGAGGCGUUGUGGGCGAUGUGUGCGGCCGACUCCAUGUCCAUGCCGGUCCACUGGUACUACGACGUCAACGACAUCGUCAGGGACUUUGGAGGCUGGAUAUCAGGCUUCAGCUCACCCAGAAGCGGACACCCGUCCAGCAUCCUCAGCCUCUCCAACACCUCUGGCAGCGGUCGGACCGCCUGGUCGUCCGGCGCCAAGCGGCCCGACGUGGUGGGCAACGUGAUCCUCCACGAUAAGCUGAACUUGUGGAAGUCCUCCAAAGGCUCAGUUCACUAUCAUCAAGGUCUCCAGGCCGGGGACAACACCCUGAACGUCCUCUGCUCUCUCCGAGCGACCCACACUCUCGUCUCCGGUCAGUUCGCCGACGUCUCUCAGCCGGACGCCCGAGCUGCCGUGCUGUCAGACUACGUUCACUUCCUGACAACGCCGAACUCGCACACCGACACGUACGCCGAGUCCUACCACCGCUCGUUCUUCGCUGACUGGCAGGACAGCAGACCGACCUCACCCCGUCAGGUUCUGACGUUUGCAGAAAAACGCUCCAGGCAGAUGUUGAGCUCCUCGUUCGCCGACAGCCAGUUGGACGCCAUCGGCUGCCUUCCCACGAUCCUCCCCUUCAUCCUGCUGUCCGCCACGGCCAAUGAGGAGCAAGCUGUUUCAGCAGCAGUAGAGUUUGUGAAGCUCACUCACCCCCAUCCGAAGGUGCCAGAGUACGUGUCGAUUUACAGCCGGGCGCUGCACGCUGUGCUGGGCGGAGCCAGCGUCCGCCAGCAGGCCGAGCAUGCCCUGAAGAGGCUGGGCGCCUGGGACUCCUCCCAGAGCUACAGCCGCAAGGCCGCCAGGUUUCCCGUGUCCUCGGAUGAACGGCUGAAGGUUCAUCAGAGUGCUGUGAACUACCUCGGUCUGGCCUGCUACACCAAAGGAGCUCUGUCCAGUAUGUUUUACCUGGCUCACGAGUUUCAUGACGACCCCACAGGAGGAAUCCUGGCUAACACCAACUGUGGAGGUGAGAACUGUAACCGCGGGGCAGCGCUGGGAGCCCUGCUGGGGGCCGCUGGCUCGUACUGCGGGGCCUUCAUACCGCAGCAGUGGAAGGACGAGCUGAGAGACGCCCAGGAGUUCAUCCCUGACAUCAUAAAGGAGCUGCAGUGAGAGCAAUGUCGCCCCCCAGAGGGGCGGAGGGGAAGUGCAGCUUCAAAGCUCCCUUCAGCUUGUCUUCCUUUUUCUAAACACGACAAUGAAUGUUAACUCUUAUUUAUUAAAUCUAGUCUUACUUCAUUUUUAUUAAAUAAUGAAAAUCUCUUUUGCAUUAAUUAAGUUUUGUUGUGACACUUUAUGUUGGUUUGACUGAUUGUGUGAUGGAAAAAAAUACAAAUGAUAUAAUAAAGACAUAAAGAAAAACUUCUGACUCAUGUUACGCUCUGUU